AUGUGUUUGUGCUUGUGGCUCACCGGGAAACCGCACUACCAGAGAGCCCUUCAGGGCAGAAAGAGAAAGAAGGAGGGGGACUUUGUGGAGCGUCGUUGGAAGGACGUGAGGGUGGGAGACUUCGUGAAGGUGGUGUCUAACGAGAUCCUCCCAGCUGACCUGUUGCUUCUCCAGACCUCUGACCCUAACGGGGUGUGUCACGUUUAGACCGCCACCCUGGAUGGAGAGACCAACCUCAAACAGAGACAGGUCGUCCCAGGACUCUACACACAGGGUUUUCCCUUUAAGCCGCAACACUUCAACAGCACAGUAGUCGUUGAAAAACCCAACGACAACCUCAAUCAUUUCAAAGGUUACAUAGAGACGGCUGAUAACAGGAAGUUGGGCUUUGGGAUUGACAGUCUGCUGCUGAGAGGGUGUACCGUCAGAAACACAGACCAUGCAGCUGGGUUCGUGGUGUACACAGGCCGUGAGACCAAGUCCAUGCUAAAUAACUACAGAACCAGAUACAAACGCAGCAAACUGGAACGCAAGAUGAACAUGGACGUGCUCUUCUGUGUCAUUGUACUCUUAUGCCUUAUAGGAGCGCUUGGUAAGUUGAACCUACAGUUCACCCCAAAUCCAAUUCAGUACGUCUUCUCGGACAAGACUGGUACCCUCACAGAGAACAAGAUGGUGUUCAGAAGACGCACCGUCAUGGGAACCGAGUAUGCACACAACGAGAAUGACGUCCGUCUGGCUGUCCUUGGGGAGGCUGAUGACACAGAGGAAGAGGUCCUCUUCCACCAGAGACCACUCCCCUUGAGGACAGGAUGGACCCUGGAAGACAACCAUGACCAUGACCCAGAAGUAAUACAAUGUUGCCAUGGCGCCCAGCGACCUCACAGGAACAAGGAAGGAAGUGCCCAGGGGGAAGUAGCAUUCAGCAGUCCACUGGAAACAGAGGUGGUGCCGGACAGAAAGCUACUUCAGUGUGUUCUGAGGGGUGGUGGUGACGGGACUGGUGGCAGAGGGAUACGCCACUGCCAGGAAACAGAGCUCUACCUUGACUUCUUCCUGGCUCUCGCUGUCUGCAACACGGUGGUGGUUUCCACGGCAACGCAGGCUCAGGCGCAAAGACGGAGAGUGAGUCGUGCUCUGUACCAAGUGUUCCGUUCCUCUCCUCCGUUCUUUUCUCUUCACUGGGGCACGGGUAUAGAGGACCGUCUGCAGGACAGUGUUCCUGACACCAUCAUGGCCCUGAGAGAGGCAGGGAUCCAGGUGUGGGUUCUGACAGGGGACAAGCCCGAGACGGCCGUCAACAUCGCCUACGCCUGCAGGCUGGAGGGAGAUCUAGUUAUCAACAUGAGCACCAACAACAAGGCAAUGUGUGCGUCCACCCUGGACUGUACUCUUGAAGAGGUGAGGCAGUAUGGAGGUCCAGGGGACCACAGCCCCUCCAUCGGCCUGGUGAUUGAUGGGCAUACCCUGGGCAUGGCUCUGGAGUCAGACCUGGUGGAGCGGUUUGUGGAGCUAGCUCGGCGCUGUCGCUCUGUGCUAUGCUGCAGGGUCACGCCUUUACAGAAGAGCACCGUGGUUAAGGUGGUUAGGGAGAGACUGAAGGUCAUGACCCCGGCUAUAGGAGACGGUGCGAAUGACGUGAACAUGAUCCAAGCAGCUGAUGUCGGCAUCAGUAUAUCGGGACAGGAGGGCAUGCAGGCUGUCAUGGCCAGUGACUUCUCCAUCUCCUGUUUUAAACACAUGAAGAAGCUUCUCCUGGUCCACGGUCACUGGUGUUACAGCAGACUGGCUAACAUGGCCAUCUACUUUUUCUACAAGAAUGUGAUCUAUGUGAACAUCCUCUUCUGGUACCAGUUCUACUGUGGUUUCUCGGGGACGUCCAUGAUUGACAUCUGGCUGAUAAUCUUCUUCAACCUCUUCUUCACCUCCGCCCCGCCCAUCAUGUUCGGAGUGAUGGACAGGAACUUUGCCACGGAGACGCUGCUGGGCCUCCCAGAGCUGUACAGGAGUGGCCAAGGGUCAGAGGGAUAUAAUCACUUUACAUUUUGGAUCGCCAUGCUGGACGCCUUCUAUCAAAGUCUGGUUUGCUUCUUCAUUCCAUUUUGGACCUACCAUGGAUCAGACAUAGACAUCUACACGUUUGGAACUCCUAUUAACACCGUGUCUUUAUUCACAAUCCUUCUGCAUCUGGCCAUAGAGAUCAACACCUGGACUGUAGUCCACUGGGUGAUCGUGCUGGGUAGUGUAUCUCUGUACUUCGUGGUGACCCUGUUCUACAGUGCUGUGUGUAUCAGCUGUAAUCCACCAUCAGACCCCUACUGGAUCUUGCAGCAGUAAAUGACUGACCCCAUGUUUUACCUGGUCUGUGUCGUCACUGCUGUGGUCGCCCUGCUGCCCAGGUAA